GGCAGCCCGAGGUCUGGCUGCGCGCAGUAUAUGACAGUACGUCAGCAGCGGGAUGGCCGUAGCUGUGGCGGCGGCUGCAGAAGCCCAAGCAGCCGCGGCCGCAGUGGAGGCUAGAGCCCGAGCGGCGUCGGCGUCGGCACCCCGGGGAGUUUAAGAUGGCGGCAGGGGGGGCGGCGGGCCUGCGGGAGGAGCAGCGCUACGGGCUGUCGUGCGGGCGGCUGGGACAAGACAACAUCACCGUACUGCAUGUGAAGCUCACCGAGACGGCGAUCCGGGCGCUCGAGACCUACCAGAGCCACAAGAAUUUAAUUCCUUUUCGACCUUCCAUUCAGUUCCAAGGGCUCCAAGGGCUUGUCAAAAUUCCUAAAAAUGAUCCCCCCAAUGAAGCGCACACCUUUAACUUCUAUUUGUCAAAUGUGGGUAAAGACAACCCUCAGGGCAGCUUUGACUGCAUCCAGCAAACAUUCUCCAGCUCUGGAGCCUCCCAGCUCAAUUGCCUGGGAUUUAUACAAGAUAAAAUUACAGUGUGUGCAACAAACGACUCGUAUCAGAUGACACGAGAAAGAAUGACCCAGGCAGAGGAGGAAUCCCGCAACCGAAGCACAAAAGUUAUCAAACCCGGUGGACCAUAUGUAGGGAAAAGAGUGCAAAUUCGGAAAGCACCUCAAGCUGUUUCAGAUGCAGUACCUGAGAGGAAACGGUCAACCCCCAUGAAUCCUGCAAAUACGAUUCGGAAGACACAUGGCAGCAGCAGUGUUUCUCAGCGGCCGUACAGGGACAGAGUGAUUCACCUACUGGCACUGAAGGCCUAUAAGAAACCUGAGCUGCUGGCUCGACUGCAGAAAGAUGGUGUCAAUCAAAAAGACAAGAACUCCCUCGGAGCAAUUCUACAACAGGUAGCCAAUCUGAAUCCAAAGGACCUCUCAUAUACCCUAAAGGAUUAUGUUUUUAAAGAACUUCAGAGAGACUGGCCUGGAUACAAUGAAGUAGACAGACGGUCAUUAGAGUCUGUGCUCUCAAGAAAACUAAAUCCAUCUCAGAACGCUGCCAGCACCAGCCGUUCAGAAUCUCCCGUAUGUUCUAAUAGAGAUGCUGCAUCUUCUCCUCAGAAACGGCUUUUAGAUUCAGAUUUCAUUGAUCCCUUAAUGAAUAAAAAAGCUCGAAUAUCUCACCUGACAAACCGAGUGCCGCCAACAUUAAAUGGCCAUUUGAAUCCCCCCAGUGAGAAAUCUGCCGCUGGCCUCCUGCCACCCCCUGCAGCCGCUGCCAUCCCUACCCCUCCACCGCUUCCUCCAACCCACCUGCCCGUCUCCAAUCCUCCUCAGACUGUAAACUCUAACUCCAAUUCCCCCAGCACUCCAGAAGGCCGGGGGACUCAAGACCUACCUGUUGACAGUUUUAGUCAAAACAGUAGUAUCUAUGAGGACCAGCAAGAUAAAUAUACCUCUAGGACUUCUCUGGAAACCUUACCCCCUGGUUCAGUUCUACUAAAGUGUCCAAAGCCUAUGGAAGAAAACCAUUCAGUGUCUCACAAAAAGUCCAAAAAGAAGUCUAAAAAACACAAGGAGAAGGACCAAAUUAAAAAGCACGACAUUGAGAUGACAGAAGAAAAGGAAGAGGACCUUAAAAGAGAAGAGGAAAUUGCCAAGCUGAGCAACUCCAGUCCAGAUUCCAAUGAAGGAGUUAAAGAGGGUUGCACUGCCUCCACGGAGCCUUCUUCAACAAUUGAACUCCCAGAUUAUUUGAUAAAAUAUAUUGCUAUCGUCUCCUAUGAGCAACGCCAAAAUUACAAGGAUGACUUCAAUGCUGAGUAUGAUGAGUACAGGGCCUUGCAUGCCAGGAUGGAGACUGUAGCUAGAAGAUUUAUCAAACUAGAUGCACAACGAAAACGGCUUUCUCCAGGCUCAAAAGAGUAUCAGAAUGUUCACGAAGAAGUCUUACAGGAAUAUCAGAAGAUCAAGCAGUCCAGUCCCAAUUAUCAUGAAGAAAAAUAUAGAUGCGAGUAUCUUCAUAACAAGCUGGCUCACAUCAAAAGACUAAUAGGUGAAUUUGACCAGCAGCAAGCAGAGUCAUGGCACUAAAUCUCUGCUUGGACCAGAAGAUGUGAAUAAACUUAAGCUUAUUUAUUUAAAAUUCCAAAUGAGUUGCUCUAAGAUUCUAAAAAAAAUGAAACUUUGCUUGUUGAAAGUUUCAGUAUGAGUAAACUUGAGUUAUUUACCUUUUUUUUUUUUCUUUUCCCCAUUUUACUUUGCUUCCCUGCAUUUUUGAAGCUGCUUUUUUCUGGCCCUUCACCCCAGCCCCACCCUACCCCCAAGACUUAUGUUUGUCAAUAGAAAUAAUUUUUCUUUUUAGAUAUUGGGGAUCCAGUGUCUAUACUUCAAAUCAAUUUUUUCUUUAAAAACUUAUGUUUGUCAUUGGAAAUGAUUUUUUUUUUAGAUAUUGGGGAUCCAAUGUCCACACUUCAAAGUUAUGUGUGUUUAAAAAAAAAAAAAAAGUAAUGUGCAAGGUGAAAUGCUUUUGGAUAAACAUAAGCCUAUUUUCUGACCUUUCUUAAUGCAAACUCUUUGCCUUAAAUGGUAGAAUAUUUAGAAAUUUGCACAAAAUACAAAAAAAAAUUGAAACAUUGUUUUGGAGGGUUAAGAAAUAGAAAGGCGUAUGUGUAUGUGUAUAGGUAUGCACACACAUGUGGACAUACAGGCUGACUUGAUCUAGACAGUAUAUCUGCCCUGCAAGUUAACCCCCCAUUGCAAUGGUUGCCUUAAGGUGUUUGCUAGUUGUGUACAUUAGUGUGGUUAAUCAUUAGCUACACUGCUUCCCACUUGGUUAGAGCAGUGGGAAGCAUACUGUGGCCUACCAGCGUCUGAAAGCGUGUGCUCGCCCUGUAUGUGUGCAGAGGUGGUGUGGAUGUGAGCGUGCAUGGAGGAAAAAAGCUGCUACUCUCAGUAGGCCAAACGCUCAGGUUAAACAACUGACGAGUGUUACUGUAGGGGUUGUUUGUUUGUUUGUUUUCUGUCAAAUUGCUACUUCUAUUGUGGAAGACAAAAGCAUUUCCAUUUCAACAGUUUGUCAGCUUUAUUAAUGUUGGGCAAAAUCAAUAUGUUAUGAAAAUGAAACAGAUCUAUAGUUUUGGGGCAAAAUUAUAAAAUUAAACAUGUAGGUAACCUAUUUAUAUACUGCUAUAAAGUAUUUUUUGAAGAGAGAUAUGCAAAGAAGCUAUUACCUACAUGAAAUGUAUAUUUAAAGAUUUUUUUUUUCAUCCUGGGAGCCAGGACUAUAAAAAAAGAGCGGAUAUAUUUAACCAUAACAUACUGUGAGUCAUCAAACAGCACAAACUUUCAUUUCAUGGAGUUUAUCUGUUGACGUUGAUUUAAACUAUCAUUUGUUUUAUCAUGUGGGAACAUAAGUUAUGUGGUCAAAAAUAUAAGGAUUUUGAACUAAUGUUGAUUCAAGUUGUGUUGUCUUUAUCGUAUUGUCUUUUCAAAGUGCUGCCAGUUGAAAAGGGAAGCAUUAUGUUUACAAAUCUGUUUUGAAAUGUUUGCCAAAAUUUUGGUAGUAUCUUUAAUAAAGAUGUUUGUCUCCAGCAUCCAAAAAAUAAAUAAAUAACUUUGUUGUGUAUCAGUGUAAACCAGAAAAUGUUGGUAUCUAGAAAACCUGAGAGAACAUAUAGAAGAACUUUCCUCUUUGCAGUUCUUCUAAAACAUUAACUGGAAAGAGUAGAUAAUAUAGAAGAGUAUACAAAAGUAAAAAGACUAUACAAAGACUGAUAAAAGACCCUGUGCACUAUAACUCUAUAACAUUACCACAGAAAUUAGAUUUCUAUGUAGCACGGACCUCUUAAGGAAUUGGUUUCUUUUAGCAUUGAGAUCCCUGGUGCUCUUCCUUUU